AUGGAUUCAGAGAUACCACAUCAUUUAUUGCCCGUUAUGGUCCACUCGUUGGUGGUGGAUGGUGGUGAUCCCAAAUUGAAAAGUGACAUUCUACAACAUCUACUGGUGCUGACGGCUGACAAAUACAAAGAAAACAAAGUGAUUGUCGAUAAUAUGGACGAAUUGCUUAGAGGUUUAUUCAAACUUUUAGAAACCGAUAAGGUCAAUGCCAAUGCAGCCUGUUUGUGUUUGGUCAAUAUUUCGUCAAAAGAAAAUGGUCUGAAAAAAAUAAUGUCAUUUUUAAACAGUAACAUCAGUUCAAAUGACUUGGGAAUCAUAUCAAAAACAAUACGAUAUAUUGAUCAAAAAACACCAGAGAUUGCAAGUUCAGUACUGAAGCUGUUGUGCAACCUAACCCGUGAAAAAAGUCAUGCCAUUCAAGUGUAUGAAUCAUUUGGAGAUCCAACUACAACAUUAGAAUCGUUCAUGAAGUUGUUCAUCACCCGAGAUGUACAACAUGAAACAAAUUAUGAUUAUAUUUCAUAUUUAUUAUCCAAUUUAUGUCAGUUACAUGAAGUAAGAAUGUGGUUAAUGAAUAGUGAUAAUUUGCAAAAAUUAUUUCCAUUUUUAAAUUUAAACAACUCACUUCGAAGAGCUGGUGUUAUCAUGACUAUAAAAAACUGUUGCUUUGAAUUAGAAAAGCAUGAAUGGUUAUUAAGCGAAGAUCUAGAUUUGUUACCUCGCCUUCUUUUACCACUAGCUGGCCCUGAGCAGUUUGAUGAAGAGGAUAAUGAAAAACUACCAUUGGAUUUACAAUAUCUACCUGAUGAUAAAGAACGAGAACCAGAUUCAGAUUUACGCCUGGCACUGUUACAAGCUUUGACUCAGUUGAGUGCUAAAAGAGAUUGCAGAGAAAUAAUCAGAGAUCAAGGAACUUAUCUUAUUUUAAGGGAAUUUCACAAAUGGGAACCUAAUAUGGAGUUGAAAUUAGUAUGUGAAAAUCUAGUGGACAUUCUAAUCAAAACUGAAGAUGAAAUAGGAACAGAUAAUUUCCACGACUUGGAUGUACCAGAAGAUUUAAUAGACAAAUUUAAAAAAAUGGAUGAAGCUUAUCUAAGUUGA